AGGGCUAGCAAGCGAAAAUUGAUUGUUGCCUUAGAUGGGACCCUGAACCAAUUUGGAUUGCAGUAUUCAAAUGUUGUUGACUUGUAUGGCCGCAUUGAGAAGAAUGAUGAACAGCGAAUGUAUUACAACAGUGGUGUAGGCACUUAUGCAACACCUUCACCAAGGUGGUGGUCACCACACAUCCUUAAGCGGGCUGUAGGGAGUGUUGUCGAUCUGGCUAUAGCAUGGAGCUUCCAUAAAUCAAUCCUUGCUGCAUACAGGUGGCUAUCAGAGAAUUAUGAGCUGGGGAGCCAGAUAUUCUUAUUU